AACAUGACAUAAGCCCAAUCAAUAAUGGGAAAGAAUACAAAAACAUGGCCAAUAAAUAAACCAACCAACCCCUGAAGUGCAGUGUAAGCCAACAAACCUGCACAUUCUCUCUUCCACCCUUAAGCACCCAUUAACCUCUGCAACUUCCUCCUCAAUCGCGUAAAGCAAUCCCAAAAUCCUUGCGUGCCCGGAACAUCAAACACAGUUUUUGAAUCAUAAAAAUACAAACAGAGCGGUGGUGAAGAUCCUGGGGUUUCAGGGCGCUGAGUGCAGUGAAGGAGGAGGCUUCUAUGAAGAGUGGCGGUGGUGCGUGGCGGAAAAGUAAACCUGGGAAAGCCCGGAGAGUUGUUGGAUGGUCUCUUCGAUUGCAUCCAUGAAAUCGCUGCGGCUCUCGCGUUCGCUAGGAUGAGCGACUCCGCAUACAGAGUCGAAACCACGUCGCGCCUCGCCCAAUGGAGGAUCGACAACCUGGCUUCCUGCACUUACCGCAAGUCCGAUCCUUUCAAGAUCGGCAAGUGGAAUUGGCAUUUAUCUAUAGAGAAGAAUCGGACAUUAUCUGUUAAACUGUACCCGGAAACAUCAAAUUUAACCAGAGACAACCCACCAAUUGCGUCUUUCAUCAUCAGAGUGCUCUCUUCUGUGGGAGAUCGCAAGGCUUUGGUUCAUCCAGAAAUAACAGACAAGCAGCUCAAGAAUAACGACGAUUUCGUUUGGGCGAUUGAGGUUCCAUUAACUGGGAAAUUCAUUGUCGACGUUGAAUUCCUAGAUUUGAAGACUUCAUCACCAAACGGUGGAGAGCCUUGCUCCAUCUGGGCUGAAGGAUUCGCUCAAAAAAGAUCAACUACAACAGCUCUUGCAUCCCUUGGCCGGAUGUUGUCAGAAAACAUCCACACAGACAUUAUAAUUAAUGCUUCUGAUGGAAGCAUUGGAGCUCAUCGGGCGGUUCUGGCCUCAAUAUCCCCUGUUUUUCGCAGCAUGUUUUCACAUGACCUCAAAGAGAAAGAACUAUCCACCGUAAACAUCUCUGACAUGUCAAUUGAAGCCUGCCAAGCUUUUCUCAAUUACAUUUAUGGGAAUAUCCAACACGAUGAAUUUCUGAUCCACAGGCUGCCACUUCUCCGUGCAGCUGAUAAGUACGACAUUGAAGACCUGAAAGAGGCAUGCCAUGAGAGUCUUUUAGAAGAUAUUGACACUAAGAAUGUGCUGGAGAGGCUCCAAAAUGCAUCUCUUUAUCAAUUGUCAAAACUGAAAACUGCCUGCUUGCGAUAUCUUGUGAAGUUUGGUAAGAUAUUUGACAUUCGAGAUGAUUUCAAUGCCUUUCUGCAGUGUGCAGACAGGGACCUGAUUGCUGAAGUCUUCCAUGAAGUCCUCACUGCCUGGAAAGGUUUCUGAAAAUCUGCUCAGAAAAUAACACAAAAAUCAAAUAUCUAGCAUGUCUGAGUCAGUGGUAUUUUUAUAUUUUUUUUUUCCCUGAAGAUGGGUUGUUAGGAGGAUUUGUUGUCAUGAAGAUGAUUCUUUGUUUUAGAUGGAAUUUGUUAAGGUCUUGAUGUACAGGUGUACUGAUUUUAUUGAAGCAUCCUUGUAAUAUAGGAACACAUACAUGAAUAUAUGGUGAUUUAGAUGAAAUGUAAAUAA